AUGACUACUCGGAUGAGGAAGGCCAGCCAGCCAACCUCGAUGAUGACUCUAGUGAUGAAAUCUGCCGAGGAAGAUAAACGCAAGACAGAGGCGCGCCUGCAAGAGGAGCCGACGAAGAUCUAUCUCCCUUACGUCGAGAAGCCAAUGAAUUACGGCCAGUCCUACGAUUCCCCGGAUGUUGAAGGCCAGCCCGCCAACCUCGACGAUAACUCUGGUGAUAGACCUUCCAGGGAAGAUAAAGGCAAGGCGGAGAUGCCCUCGCAAGAGGAGCUGUUGACAAGGUGA